AUGCCUAGCAUCGAACCUCACACAGCAGACGGCGACGCCAUGACACAGGACAGGUGCGUCGACGCGGCAAGGGCAACGUCAAAUAGAGGUGACCCAGAAGUGUUCAAGUGCCGUAGGUGUGGGCGACGACACGCCGCUCGGAACUGCCCGGCAUUUGGGCGCACCUGUCGGCGAUGUGGUGGUAAAAAUCACUUUGCCGUUAAAUGCAACAGCAACAAGCAAGUUGCGGAAGUCAAGAGCAGCGAAGACUUCGACAUUCUCGACAUCUCAGCCAACAGGGUGAACCACUUACAAGACUGGGUAGUUCAAGCACAAGUAGCGAACAAGGUGGUUGAGCUGAAGGUGGACACGGGUGCUCAAGCCAAUCUUCUACCAUACUGCAUGUAUCAACGCCUCCAACCAAGAAUGCGAAUGAAGCCUAGUAGCUCAGUACUACGAGCGUACGACGGAGGGAUUAUCAAGCACUUGGGAAUCGUGACAACAAAGGCCACUAUAGGCGACAAGUCCGCUGACAUCGAUUUUUUCGUGGUGAAGAAGGGACGUCAAGCAAUUCUAGGGCUCCACGCCAGUGAGGCCUUGGGGCUUUUCCAGCGAUCAGUGAGCGCGGUAACGGCAUGCAACCGCGAACAAGUGCUUAGAGAAUUUCCCGAAGUUUUCACAGGCACGGGGCGCCUUCAACGUCCAUACACAAUGGUGCUACGGGAGGACUCUGUACCUGUCGUCCAGAUGGCCCGACGCGUGCCGCUGUCCCUGCAAGAGCCACUACGACAGGAACUGAACCGACUGCUCAGGCAGGCAUCAUCGCCAAAACAGAGGAGCCGACAGACUGGAUCCAGUCCCUUGGAAGACGGCCAGUCACCAGGCGAGCUGCUUCAAGGUCGACGACUGCGCACCCCGAUACCCGACUUCCAGGAUGCAACACGCCAGCUGGUGAAAAAGCAUCGGCAGAAUAUGCCAAUGGGAACACGUCUUCCACCGUUGCAGAGAGG